AAAGUCUCUUGUGAUAUCCGGUUCUUGAAAAUCUGAAAAUGUCUUCGGAUUCGUGGCUUUCUGACUACAACUAUUGCUUAAGGAAUGGCCAAGAUAUUAUGGAGAAGAUCAGUGAGCGCAAUAAACAGUCGAAGAAUAGCUCAACUUUUGCUCGUCUUCAGGCACAGACGAGAGCAUCUAUGAAACAGUUCUCAGGAGAAAUAAUCAGGUUGAAGAAUAGCCUUAUCCGAGCCUCAUCCUCAUAUCAUAUCACUCAGCGUGAGCUGGAGAGAAGGCAAGUGAUGAUUGAUGAGCUGAUCACUAAAGAGAAGCAGAUUGAACAAGCACAUAGAAAUGAGGGCCCAGAGGGAGGAAGGUCAGCAUUGUUUGGUGCUGGGGCAGGACUUGGUCAUGACCCCUGGGGCGUGAAAGAGGAAGAUGAGACGACAAGGAACCUCUCUAUUGGUGACAUACGUCAGCAACAGUCUCACGCAAUAAAGGAACAAGACCAGGGCCUAGAAGUGUUGUCUAGUGUUAUUUCUCGUCAGAAACAGAUGGCACAUGACAUUGGAGAUGAAGUAGAUUAUCAAAAUGAGCUUCUAGAUGAUAUACACGACCAUGUGGACAGGACAGACCAACGCCUCAUCAAGGAAACGAGACAUGUUCAACAUAUAGACAGAAAAUCUGGAGCAUGUGGGUAUUGGGUCGUGAUUGUACUGCUACUGAUCACUAUCGUAGUUGUCGUCGCCGUGCCUUAUAAUGGCAAGCCAUGAUGCAUAACGGGUGUAUCUAGUGCCUUAUAAGAAUUCCAAGCAAUAUAUUGUGGCAGAGCAUCAUGGUUAUGACCAACAUUAUCACUCACAAAACCAGUGUUAUAGCAGCUUUACAUUGUAUGAUUUCAGAUGUACAAGGAGAUAUGUACCAUGUUAUAAGACUGAUACCACAUAUGUGGCAUAAAAGAGACUUUUUAUACCAAAGUGCAAUUUUAAAAUCUGUGUAUAGUAUAAAUAUAUUUUUUGUAAAAAGCAUCACAAUUGGAAAGGAAUGAUGAACUGUAUAUAAUGAAUAUAUUGAAUGUAAAUACAGAACAAAAUAAAUAAUGUAAAUACUAUAUUAUUCAUAUAAA